AGAGCGUUCUCACAAAAUACAGCUUAACGCAGCGCCGCCGCCGCGACGCCCCGACCAAAAAACACAGAGCGGUCCCGCAAACACUACAAAAAGAGCCAUGGCCGCGGAAGAGCCCGACGACCGCUGGACGAUAACCUUCCGCGCCCUCUCAGCGUUCGGCCCCGGCGCCGUCUGCGCUCUUCUAGAGGACGCGAAAUUCGACGCCGACGCAUUAAAAAGAAGAGCGCCAAGACAAUUGUGUAGUCGAGGCGACACGCUACUCACACGAGCAGCCAGACUGGGCAACAUGGCGGCCGCAAAACAACUAUUGAGGCUAGGGGCCGAUUUGGAGUGGCCGACCGGCGAAACGGAUUUAAGCCCCUUACAAGUAGCGUGCCACUGCGGCCAUGAUAAAUUAGUGACCUUCUUUCUGAAGCAAGGGGCGUCGAUCCAGCGGCGGAACAACCGCGGUCUGUCAGCUGUGUCGACUGCCGUUCAUACUCCCAAUGUGAAGUGCCUCGACGUACUAGCGAAGCAUGGGGCGGAUUUACGGUCAAGAGGCUUGGCUCGGGGCAACACGCUGGCUCAAAGUGCGGCGUCGCGGGGCAACGUGGCGGCGCUGCAGUAUCUAGCGCAGAAAGGAGUGAACUUGUUCGAGAGAGAUUUCCGCGGGUCUACGUCUCUGGAUGCGGCGGCCAAACAAAGAGGAGGCCAGCAGGGGCCGAACAACGCCACUCUCGAAUUCCUACAUGACGUUUUAAGGGUCGGUGGCGCCGCCGCUUCCCAAGCGUGGGCGAAGCACGAACGAAGGGAGCGGCGGUUGCCCGUCGUGAUCCUGCGAGCGUUGGUGGUGCGGGGCCGGGCCGUCGCUCGACGGGAUUCAUCGUGCACUGACGCCUGGAAGCGGUCGCUGCGCUUCGUGGCGAACGCGCUCGACGAGCGCCAGUCGUCUUCGGAUGACGAGGCCGACGACCGCAAAAGGGCGAGGGUGCUCGUCUGCAACGAGGGGCCAUUUCGUCAUGUCGUGAGCUUUCUCUAAGAAUUGAAAACAUUAGUA